AUGAGGAAGACAGGCCUUUGCUUGGCGCUUUUUGUUCUUAUCGAGCCAGUCGAGUCUGGGCAGCAUACAUCAAGCACUACUGAGAAGUUCACGAACGAGCUCAUAGAGGACAUGGCUAGCGAGGACAUAGAUGUAUUCACCUCCCAGCUGCGUGAGACCAUGCAGGACCUCGCCGAGGCAGCUGGACGACGACUGGAAGAAGACCGCUCCGUCAGUAUCUGUCAUCCUGUGUUAUCCGAAGGACGACAGCGGGAGGACUCUCCGCGACCUCGAAGUCCUGUCUUGCAUUCACUCCCUCACCUCGCCACAGUCCGUGAACGUUUACUUCUAUUUCCACCCCCGCACCCGUUUGGAUUCCGUUGA